AUGGACGGCGCGCGUGUCCUCCGCGACUAUAGUAACGAGCAGUCUUCCCCAUACCUAGUGAAGGCAAUAUGUCUUGUAACCUGCAAAAUGAUGCAGGCGGCCCCUUUCCUGCGAAUGAAAGCUAAUGGCCCGCUCAUGGCGCCUUUAGAGUUUGCAUCUAAGCUGCUAGCCGGCCUCAGUGCGGCUAUGAAAGCAGAUCUUGAGCCCGAUAGGAUCGUCAAAGUCCAAGUUCUUGCGCUGAUGCAUCUACACACGGAUGGGUCGGCUGGGAUGGACCGUGCAUCAAGUUACUUAUCACAGGCCCUUUGUGAAGCAUGGUCAUUGUCUCUACAUGUGCCAAUUCCCGGAAAUUUGGAACAAGAUCAGAACGACGUUCUAUGGUGGUCUCUGCGAAACUUCGACCGGCUAAACAAACCUAUUACGGGAGCGGCACCUUUCCUCAUUGACGACGCUGACAUUGGAAUUGAGCGUAUCGCCCUAAUGAAAGACAGCUACCGCUCCCAGAUCAUGGAGGUCUCCCUGCGUUUGGGUGAUCUCAUGGUUAUUGCAACCAAGGCUUAUAAAGCGAGCUCUAAAGCAGCUGUCGAUCAGUGUCAGGAAUUUCCAUCUCUCUGCGAGCUUACGUCGGGCACCGAUUAUGACCAUUUCCACAGAUCGCACAAAGUGUACCUGGAGAUAUGGUAUCAUGUGGCUGCCAUGCUAUCCUGUCGGUAUAGCGGGCCAGGCAGCGUUCAAUACAAACGACGCCUCGCAUCGGCUGAUCGUAUCGUCGAUCUAACCUCCUACGACAAGGCCCAGGAUCUCCCUCCACUCCCUCUCGUUUCAUAUGCAAUGUCAAUGGCCCUUACAGUUAUAUACCGCGCUUUGCGCGACAACCAACGUGAUACUAAGGCCGCAUAUGACAACCUCCUCGUGUGCUGCAAUGCUUUAGAGGCUAUAAGCAAACUGUGGACUAGCACGAAGGGGGUGGUUCAACUUGCAAAGCGGCUAUUGAAGCUUAUAAACACGCCUGGGGUCAUGGAUUCAUGGCAUCCGGAUAAUAGCAACGAUCACCUCCGCCAAGGAAGUGAGGCAGGGCCCUCCACGGUUACAGCUGCAGAUAACUCMUCGGCAAUCAGACAUCGAGCAGACAAUGGAUGUUCCAACGCUGAGGAAAUAGCAGCAUUUCCAACCGGUGCUUCUCAGACUCAUACACCAGUGCAUAACGGGCAUGCGGCACAUAUUGACGAAAACACACAGCGGCCGAGCGAAAUGUGGCUAGGGUCCGAAACGUCCCACUUCCAGCUCAACAGGGCGAUGUUCGACUUGUUUGACGACAGUUUGCCAAUCGCAUUCCAAGAUCCUGCCACAUUGGAUUAUAUCCACUUCUCAAUGAACGAGAAUAGCUACUCUAGCAGCAAUUUCCAGUUCUAG